CAGCCUUAGGAGAUCAGAGGAGGAGGGCGGCUUGAAGCAUGUAAGGAAAACAUCCCUUUGCCAACACGGAAACAGAAAAAAAUGUUUGAUUCCUGCCAGUUGCAAAAGUACACCCUUUUAUUUACCACUUUCAAUUUCGACGAUCCGCCUGAUAUUCCCUUUGAGAGCCGCGUUACCUCUCCCUAAUGCAGCUGUCGAGACUCGCGGCUCACAUUGUGUGUGCAUCCAAUCUCAGCCACCCCCUACCCCCUCCUCCUCUCUUCCCUAAUUCCCUCCUUUUAAUCUGCACGUGCCGCUUCUCUCUCUUCCCCUGAAGGUGUCGUGGAUAAGAAGGAGGGACCUGCGCAUCCUGGCGGUGGGGCGCUUCACCUUCACCAGGGACGACCGCUUCAAGGCCAUCCACCAGCCCGGCUCGGAGGACUGGCUGCUCAAGAUACACUACGCCCAGCACCGCGACGCCGGGGCCUAUAUGUGCCAGACCUCCACCUCGCCGUCCCUUUCCACGGCCGUCUGGCUCACUGUUGUCGAAACUCGAGUGCUGGGCGGCCCGGACCUAGACGUCAAUUCUGGCUCCACCAUCAACCUGACCUGCAUCGUCAAGCAAAGCCCCGACCCGCCGCCCUUCAUCUCCUGGUACCACGAGAGGGAGCCCCUCACCUACGACUCCCCCCGCUGCGGCAUCACGGUGGUCACGGAGCACGGGCCGACCUUCUCCUCCUCCAGGCUCCUCAUCCAUCGCGCCACCCCGAAGGACGCCGGCCGCUACGCCUGCCACACCGCCAACUCGGAGCCCCACCACAUCGUCGUGCACAUCAUACACAGUGAGUAUCCUAGCGGCGAGGCGGAGGAACACAGGGAUAGGACUACAGGCACAGGGAAACAGGGAGAGCACCAAGCUCUAUAGGUUAGAUUAGGUUGAGUUAGGGUUGGGUGAGGUUAGCUUAGGUUAGGUUAGGUUAAGUUAGGUUAGACUAGGUCAGGUUAGGUUUGGUUAGGUUCUAAAGAUCUUGGACAGAGCUACAGGCAGGGGAACGCAUACAAAGCAGAGAUACACACAUGGUCAUAUACAUCGUCGUGAUCAGAGACAGUGAAUGGCGGCGAGACAGAGGAAUAGAGGAACACAGAGACACAGAGGUACUGAUAAAGGGACACUAACACACACACACACACACACACACACACACACACACACACACAUCUUUACCGACUGAGAACACCGACAGGGCAAGAGGGAUUUGUAGGAUAUGGCCACCGAGAAGGCGAGAACACUCAAUGGGCUACACUGACGAUAGACGGAGGGGAGGAGAAAGGGUGGAAGGGGAGCGAGGGAGGGAGAACAGGGGAAAGGGGAAGAGGAGAGAGGAGGAUGGAACGAAGGGGAAGAACAAGGGAGAAAGGAGAGCAGUGAGGAGAUGGGAGGAUAGAAGAGGGGAAGAAGACGGGACGAUGGAAUGAAGGAGGGAGGAGAAAGCAAGGGGGAGCAAGGGAAAGAGAAGAUAGGAGGAGAGAACGAAUGAGGGAGAAAUGGCAGACGGGGACACCAGAACAUGCCUCACCCGUUCAUUAUUCACAGCU